AUUCCACGGUGGCGUCAGUUCCGUAAAGCGUUCCUGCUGUCUUCAUUAAACAGAAGAUACGGGAUUAUUUACGAAGAGUCCGAAGACCAGCGCAGCUAAAACAAGAUUUUACCCAGCAAUGUCACUGAAAUAUUCCUAAACAAGAGCACGGCAUUGUUUCUGAAGGGCAGGUUUUUCCUCGGACUGACGGAAGAGCCAGCAGUCUCCUCUAAGCCGCGCAUGAACUGGGAUGCACUGCCGUUAGCCUGUUAUUAGCUUUCGCAUUAGCUUCCCGAACAGCUCCUUUUUUACGACGGGACCAAGCACACCACAGAGUGCAUUAUGACAGACAGCAUUAUGAGUAAAGCUGCCACGAUGGAGAUUCCUAUCAACAGUAAUGGCGACACAGGGACACUACCGGAAGACGACAGCCUUGAACAGGCUGCAAAACUGCAGUGGAGCUUAGAUGAGAAGGUAGGGAGCUCCAGAGGCACCAGGGACCUACAGCAGGUGAUGGUGUCGGGUCCCAAUCUCAAUGAGACUAGCAUUGUGUCUGGGGGCUAUGGAGGAACAGCAGAGGGUAUUAUCGCCACCAGCUCAAUCAAAGACCUGCGUAUGAAGGCCAGGCGAAGUAGUGUUCCCUCAAGCAGUUCUUCCAUCUGCCACAUAACAAGCCAAUCACAUGACCACAAAGGUUCCAACAUGCACCACAGCAGCAGCAGCUCUUCAAUGACAGCAGAAGAAACGACCCGCGGUGUAGCUGUGGAAAAACUAGAAACAAUGAGGAAAUGGGGUCUCAACACUUACAAGUGCACAAAGCAAAUGAUCUCCGAGCGUUUUGGACGGGGUUCCCGGACCGUGGAUCUGGAGCUGGAGGCUCAGAUUGAGGUGUUGAGAGACACUAAAAGGAAAUAUGAGAGUGUGCUGCGAUUGGCCAGAGCGCUGACCAACCAUUUCUACAACAUGGUGCAGACGCAGCAUGCGCUGGGUGACACCUUUGCUGACCUCAGUCAGAAAUCUCCAGAGCUACGAGAUGAAUUUGGCUACAAUGCAGAGACUCAGAAGCUACUGUGUAAGAAUGGGGAGACUUUACUUGGUGCCAUUAACUUCUUUGUGUCCAGCAUCAACACAUUAGUCAACAAGACCAUGGAGGACACUCUGAUGACUAUCAAGAUGUAUGAGAAUGCAAGACUGGAGUUUGAUGCCUAUCGGUCAGACCUUGAAGAACUGAGUAUGGGUCCAAGGGAUGCUGUAACCAUGGCCCGUAUCGAUGCUGCUCAGCAACAGUACCAAGUCCAUAAGGAAAAGUAUGAACGUCUUCGCUCAGACGUUACCAUUAAACUGAAGUUUCUGGAGGAGAAUAAGGUGAAGGUGAUGCAUAAGCAGCUCCUCCUCUUCCAUAAUGCCAUCUCGGCGUACUUUGCUGGCAAUCAGCAGCAGUUGGAGCAAACACUGAAGCAGUUCAACAUAAAGUUGAGGCCCCCAGGGGCCGACAAGCCCUCCUGGUUAGAGGAGCAAUGAGAGGCGCCGCUGAGCCUCCUGCAGCCUCCUUCUCAACCACUUCCAUCUGUUGAAACCCCCAACUUACAGAGGACCACUACAGAGGAAACGUAUACCGAUUGAAUGGGUGGAUGACAAUAUGAGAUGAGUGUGUGGCUGGAUGAUUGGACAGAUGAGGGAGGAUUGGACUGAUGAAUUACAGGGUUUUAUUGAUGAAUGGGCUAAAUGCAGCAGGAAAUAAAGUGGCCAGUUUCAUGAACAGUCAGGGGCUUUUAGUGCCUCUCUUCCCAGCUUCCCUUUUUUCCACUUUAACCUCUCUUUGUGCUCUGUUCCUAGAAAAACUGUCCCCUUUCUCCCUUCUCUUUCCCCUACUUGACUUCACCCCCUUCUGUCUCAACACUGUUCUGUUGUGUGAGCUUGCGUUAGCCAUGCUUAUGGUUAUUAUUGUACUUCUCAAGUGCUCCCAGUGCUCUGAGUUAAACUUCAACCCCCCACCAUCUUAUGUAGUACCAGAGACUGAUGGGGGAAAAAAAAAAGGAAAAUGGUAAAACCAUUAAAACACACUCAGAUGUAACUAAACACUACUUCCAGACCUUAUCACUCUCCUAGUGUGCCUCCUUAUAUUUGAGCUAAUACAUUAAAUGAAUAUGUGGCCUGUGGGAAGAAAGAGAACUACAGCAACACAUCAAGGGGAUUUGUGUGGUACACAGGAAAGAAAUGCUCAGACACUUCAAAUCAAUGUACAUUUCAAAUUAAGUACUGUUUCACUUUUGAAAUAAAUAUAUGAUUGUUUGUAGCUUAUAAAACACAAUGUUGUGUUUAGCUUUUAAUUAAUUUAACAUCUCAUUCCUUUAUUUUCUUAUUAUUCUGCUUCUGGUCAGCUGUACUGUAUGUCCUGUGUUUCGGAGUGAAUACUGUUUGGGUAAUAUGUGCUGGUGUUUUGGACUGACGCACCACAGUGCUUGGUCUGUAAUUAUCCAAAACGUUGCAGAUUUUUUUCUUGUAACCUGAAAAUUCUUUGUCUUCAACUCAUAUAUGCAGCAAUCAUUUAAGGAACACUGCCACGGCUUCCCAAAGUUACACUGGUUCGGGUCUUUACUAAUUGUACUUUAUUUACCCAAAGAGAACAGAUAGAGAUGCUUAUUGGAUGACGACCCUCGCUAUGUUUACAUGGGUUGUUUAGGAAAAUUCAUUGGUUGUAGGUGGAGUAUAUGAUUCUAAUCUUAUACAAUGUUUGUCAAAUUCAGUGAAUAUCUCCUCGUGGUUCAUUCUGUGUGUGCUGAAAAACAUCCAAGGGGCAAAAAGGAAGGAUAAAUGCAGUAAAACCUGGAACAUGCCAACAAUCUAAAAAUCCUAAAAAAAACAGAACUACCUAAAGCUCAACAAUCUUUCUUCAAAAUCACAGAUUCCACCUUCACACUUCACUGUGUUAUCUGCUUUUGUAAAAGUGGGUUUGUCCAGUCAAGAUCCAGCAAAUGUGAUAGAAUCCCUUCAUUAUUGACUGUCAUUGGACUGUAUCGGAAAAGAAUUUAUUAGAUUUUCUUUGUUUACAUGAUGCAUUGAAAUGUGUUUGUGUCUUAAGUUUGAUUUGUCUCUUAAACGUUAACAACUUUGACAUCUAGGAUCAUAUCAGUCCUCCUAAAGCAGAAGAUAUUUGUCUAUGGUUACCUUUCUUCACACUGAAGAUUACUGUAGCUGUCUAAUAUUACUCAUUUUAAUAUGUGAGCUGAAAGUCUUGUAAUUUAGUAUUUGGGGAGUAUGAUAACACUAAUGAUUCAUCUGUUGUUUUAUCUUCUUGAAAUGAAACUUAGUUUUAGUAGUAAACAAUCACCAAAUGUUGACAAUUAAAAGACCAUAUUACCCCAAAAUAUUGACAUGGCAGUACAGACUUCAUGUUUUUUUUUUAAAUUCAUCAUUGUAUUUAUUAUGUUCAAUGCGAAUUUAUCUGUUGAAAUCAACUGAAAACUAUUCGUUAUGAUUCUGACAAUGUGCAAAUGACGACAUACUAAGACGAAAAUAUGCCUCAGGCUGAACAAAUGUGUAAUUGAUAAACUCCAAAAAUAUUCUUCAUAGACCGUUGUUUAAUUUCCUAGUGUGCAACGUCUGCAGUCAGCUGAAGAAAACCCCAUAUAGAGAAUGUUUAACUGUGCUGCAUUUAACUCACGAGAGCCUCUAGUAACAGAAUGGAGCGCUCUAUGAAUUCUCCAUCAGUUGACGGGUUCGUCCUCCAGCUUCUUGUCUCCUCUGUAUUUGCAUGGCAGGCAGUGAUCCAAAGUUUAGGUGGAGAUAUGUGUGCUUGCACUGACGCUCUCCUCUUGGCCUUCUGUGUGCCAGCUUGCAUGGACUGGCGUAAUGCCAUGCUUAUGGUUGUUGGAUUAAAUUUUGAAACUGGCUGAAGCAGAAACCAAGAUUUGGGUUUACUUUUAAUGCUGCAGUUUAAAGGACAGUUAUGAAAAGAGAUGGAUUAGACUUUUAAUGAAAUGAUGGAAUCGACUCUAAAACUUGUGUGGCUUCUGUUUUCUGAAUUUUAUCUCUCAGUGUGUUAAAUAUUUGUAUUUAGUUUGGCCUGAACAAGUCAUUCAAUAAGACGUUGGCCUCACAUGUGGCUGAAAUUGCAAUUUCACAGGCCAGCUCUUGGUGUUUGACCACCACAAAGCAAUAUUAAUAAAAUGUGACUCCUCUUUUCCAAA